AUGUCCAGAUGCACAGGGCAAAGGCUUCGGCCACGGCGCAUGGCCCGCGUCGUGGGCAUGGCGUUGGUGCCCCUGGCCCUCAUCUAUACACUGCUUCGGGCAGCGCUGACUUUCCGUGCAGGGACACCGCAGUCGCGGAUGCCUAGCUCUCGGACGUCCGCGCAGGGGCAGCAGGCCCUCCUUACGUCACAGCGUCCCCCAUCGAAGCUGAGUGGAACAAGCUUUGCCCUGGUACCGCUUGUGACCAUGGCGGUUGUGCAAGUGCGAGGUGGCACUGUGUCGGCGAAGGGUUCGAGUUCGCGAGCCAACGGCGUGCCAUCUGCGCUGAUUGGGCUGGCAGGCUGGCUGCUCUUGAUGUUUGCCAUCCAGCACAGUUGGGUUGCUGUGCCCUUCUUGGCGGAAGCGCAGUACCCGUACUUUCCCAUCGUGGCCACCUUCGUGGCAGGCUAUGCCGUCAUCGUCCUAGAGGAACAGACCGAGAUCAACAAGGCCGCCACGGCAUUGAUUCUGGGAGUUCUGGUCUGGGCGCUGGUUGGCACAGGCAUAGAAAUGACAGCUUCCGAGUUCGACGCGGCGAUUGCAGAAACCUUGCAGAACGUCGCUGAAGUCGUCUUUUUCCUCCUCGGGGCUUUGACGAUUGUAGAGAUUAUGGAUGCGCACAAGGGUUUUGAUAUCAUUACCUCCGCGAUCAAGGCCACCAACCAGAGGGACCUGCUCAUAACGAUCGGAGUCCUCACCUUUCUACUUUCCUCGGUGCUAAAUAACCUCACUGUGGUCAUCGUCAUGGUCUCCUUGCUGCAAAGGCUCGUCAAGGACGAGGAGUUCCGAAUGAAGCUCGGUGGCCUGGUGGUGGUGGCCUCCAAUGCUGGCGGGGCAUGGACUCCCAUCGGGGACAUCACCACCACGAUGCUGUACAUAGGUGGACAAGUCACUACCGUGCCUCUGCUCACGAACCUUUUCGUCCCGAGCAGUUUGUGCUUGCUGGGAUCCAUGGCCUACGAGCUCCUCUUCGUCAUCGACGGUAGCAAGGCUUUCGAGCGGCCGAAAGACGAGCAAGCUGGCGUUGAGGUGCCUGCUGGCCAGGGUUUAAUCUUUUGGGGUGGUCUGCUGGGGAUGGUUGGGGUGCCGGUCUUCUCGGCCUUCACCAUGUGUCCGGCUUGGACUGGGAUGAUGCUGGUUUUGGGGCUGCUCGGUCUGAUCACCUCCCUCCUCCACGAGCCAGACGACGAGCGCUACUCCCUGAAAGCCGCGCUGAAGCGCAUCGAGGUGCCGGACGCGCUCUUCUUCCUGGGUGUGCUGUUUGCCGUUGGGGCCCUGGAGCGCGUGGGGCUUUUGAAGGAGUUUGCUGUGCAGCUCAGUCAGCUGGUGCCUGAUGACAGCCUUGUAGCCAUCUUCCUCGGCUUCGCCUCCGCCGUCGUGGACAAUGUGCCCUUGGUGGCAGCAGCCCAGGGCAUGUACGACCUCUCCGCUCACCCUGCAAACGAUGAGCUCUGGAACCUCAUCACCUACUGCGCUGCCACCGGUGGCUCUUUGCUCGUGAUUGGCUCGGCCGCCGGUGUCGCGUUCAUGGGCAUGGAAAAGGAAGUGUCCUUCGGCUGGUAUCUGCGGAGUGUGGGGCCUGCCGCCCUUGUAGGCCCUGGGCCUCAGCGUGAGCUGCUUGCCUGCAGCUUCGCCCGUGCCAGCGGUGUGGGGACACUCUGGGGUCAAAUGCACCGAGGUCAUGCUCUGGCGUUCCAUGCGUCGCACGCAGGAGAUUCGUUUGCCUGUGGGCAAGACUUGGUGCAAUCAAUGGCAAAAACAAAGUCAGAACAUGGGCAGCGUGAGAAGCAGCCGGAAACAGAAGGAGCUCGCUACUUGCUUUGUACCCAGGUUAGCUUCCCCAUGUGGGCCCGCUGGUUGUGCUUGGCCACGUUCUGGCCCGGUGUCGUUUGGUAUCUGUACUACAAGCUUCUAGUGGAAGACGACCUGCGCUACUAUAGGGGCUUGGGCAUCGGUGGCUCGCUGGUGAUCGUCCCUUUUGCUCUGGGCCUCUUCGCAGGUGUCUUUGGUGAGUUUGCCUACGGCUCCUUGGAGGGAGGAAUGUUUGACAAUGCCUUCUCCACGGCGUUCUACAGCGCCUUUGCCUGGAUCUAUCUGAACCAGUGGUUCCUCUACAACAAGGUGAACCAGCUCUUUGAGGAGAUUGGCAGGGAGGCACCUCUGGACCCCUGGGGACUCUUCGUGCCGGGCUGGAACUUCGUCACGGGCAUCCGGCAGAUCCACUUCCUCGCUGAGUACUGGGCCAUCCAGCGUGGCGAGGAGCUGCCCCGCGACGCCUUUGCCGAGCUGUUCCCCUUUGCCAAGAAACCCACGUUAACGUUGCUGGAGCUGGCAACUACGCCCUCGCUGUGGUUCAACCUUCCAGCCAUACUCGGCUGA